AUGCUGGAUUUGAGCAAGGCGGACGUGGUCAAGGAGGGAGAGCACGUGACUGCCGUGGCGUGGGGCACCCAAGUGCACCGGGUGCUGCGCGCGGCGGAGUUGGUGGCCGCAGAAGGCGUGAGUGUGGAAGUGAUAGACUUGCAGACAAUCGCGCCUUGGGACGUGGACACAGUGGCGGCUUCGGUGCGCAAGACGGGGCGGCUGCUGGUGUCUCACGAGGCGCAGCAAACCAUGGGCUUUGCUGCUGAAGUCGCAGCAGCAAUUCAGGAAAAGUGCUUCUUCAGCCUCGAGGCUCCCAUCAAAAGAGUCACUGGAUACGACACGCCCUUCCCCCUCGCUUACGAGCCCUUCUACCUUCCCAACGAGUGGAAGCUGGCCGACGCGAUGAGGGAGCUGAAGGCCCACUAA